GUUUGCGCAUUCUCUUUAAAGAGCUCGUACCAAAGCAGUUGUUUGUUGAGCAACUUACAUCGAAAAACCAGAGGAUUUUGAGGACAGAAACCUCGCGACUCGCGAGAGAAUAUAGUAGAAAGCAUUACACUCAGGCUCGCUCAGCUAAGCUAAAUAGCUUGAAGGUUUUGCUGGAUAAGAGGAGGUAGAGCUUCUUCUUCCCCUUAAUAUUGGAGUGAAAAUCAAUUCAUGAUUUCAAUGUCAGAGCCAGCACCAGAGAGAAAUUACAGCAAACCCCCAGGGAUUCGGUUAUUAGAGUACAUAAAGAAAUCCCCCCUUUCCUACAAAACCCACCAAGCCAUUGUUCUGAUUGUUACUUUUUUAGCAUAUGCUAGCUAUCAUGCCGCUCGAAAAACCACGAGCGUGGUCAAGAGUACCCUUGAUCCUGAAUCUUCAGAUGUGAGCUUGAAGUUUUUCCCAUGGAGGAUGACUUACUUAAGUGAACCAGCUGAAGGCAGAAGGUUGUCUAGGAUUCUUCGAGAUGGUUGGGCCCCGUUUAAUGGAUCAGAUGGCACAGCCUUGCUUGGUGAAGUUGACCUAGCUUUCUUGGCUGUAUAUGCUAUAGGAAUGUAUUUCUCUGGACAUUUGGGUGAUAGAACGAACUUAAGGAUCUUUCUAACCAUCGGAAUGGUGGGAGCCGGGGUCUUUACUUCAUUAUUUGGAAUUGGAUAUUGGGCAAAUAUUCACACUUUCUAUUACUUCCUUGGGGUUCAAAUGCUUGCUGGUUUGUUCCAAUCGACUGGAUGGCCUUCAGUAGUCGCAGUUGUCGGUAAUUGGUUUGGGAAGAAGAAAAGAGGGCUGAUUAUGGGUAUAUGGAAUGCUCAUACUUCUGUUGGGAACAUUACAGGGUCUUUGGUUGCUUCCGCUCUAUUGAAAUACGGGUGGGGUUGGUCCUUUGUAGUCCCUGGUCUCAUAAUUGCUACUGUUGGUGUGGUGGUUUUUCUAUUCUUGCCUGUUAGUCCUGACUCUGUUGGAGCCGAAGAAGAUGAAUUGGACUCUCCCAAGAAAUGUGGGGCAGCAGGAGUAACAGAACCAUUAUUGGAACCAGAGGUUAAGGUGAAGGAGAGUGCUGUGGGGUUCCUAGAAGCUUGGAAAAUUCCUGGAGUUGCUCCUUUUGCUCUAUGCCUUUUCUUUUCCAAGUUGGUGGCUUAUACAUUUCUCUAUUGGCUUCCUUUCUACAUUAGUAACACAGCUAUUGACGGAAAGUACUUAUCCAGUGAGGCAUCUGGUAACUUAUCCACAUUGUUCGAUGUUGGAGGAGUUCUUGGAGGAAUCCUUGCUGGCCAUAUUUCUGAUCGUUUAGAUGCCAGAGCCAUCACAGCUGCAAGUUUCAUGUACUGUGCUAUCCCUGCUCUCUUUUUCUACCGAAGCUAUGGCCAUGUAUCCAUGGCUGUGAACAUUGCACUUAUGUUCAUCACCGGCAUGUUUGUUAAUGGGCCAUAUGCUCUAAUAACAACAGCUGUGUCCGCAGACCUGGGAACACAUAGCUCAUUGCGUGGGAAUUCGAGGGCAUUGGCAACGGUAACAGCAAUUAUAGAUGGAACAGGCUCCAUUGGGGCUGCUAUUGGUCCAUUAUUAACCGGCUAUAUUUCAGCCAUAAGCUGGAGUGGAGUUUUCACAAUGUUAAUGGGAGCAGCUCUAAUUGCAGGGCUGCUUCUGACUAGGCUUGUCGUGGCCGAAGUGGCUGCAAAGAUUGAAGAUUCGAGAUCGCGGUCUGCAUCAAGGUCUCAACCCACAGUAAUUGAUGUGUGAAGGAUGUUCUAAGGGUUUUUACAACAUUUGUUAUGAGUGGUAUCAUCGGGGGUGUCCACAAGCUCUGCUUCAGACUUGCUGCUUAUUCAAUGAAGAGGAGAAGGAUCCUCUGUUAUGGUCCUAGGAAGGAGAGGAUUUUUUUUAAACUUUCUCCCUAGUAUACGUAACACAUUGAAGGGAAAGUUGAAGGGAAGAAAAGAAAAGGGGUUGGAAUAUAUCUAGGGCUGUAUCUUUGUACUAUAUCAUAUGUGUGUGUACAUUAUUUUGUGCCUUUUAAUGAAAUUAAUCACCGAAGGAUGACAAAUU